CGGAACCUCUCUGACGCCGGAACCAAUGUGCUGUGUUAUGCCGGCGACUAGAGGACUGUCUUAGCAAAGGACCACCAAUUCUCUGUGGAGGUUUGGUCGCGGCGCUUCCGGCGGGAGAACGCAGCCGUGAGGUUUUCGUCGUCGUCACCGUCCCCCGAUAUGCACCGCCCGAAUUUUCGACCCCCAACUCCUCCUUACCCCGGCUCGGGUGCAGGAGGUUGGGGUAGCGGAAGCAGCUUCCGAGGCACCCCGAGUGGAGGCGGACCGCGACCUCCCUCCCCUCGGGACGGGUACGGGAGUCCGCACCACACGCCGCCGUACGGGCCCCGGUCUAGGCCCUACGGGAGCAGCUACUCUCCGCGACACGGCAGCAGCUUACCGGGGGGCCGUUUCGGGUCUCCGUCCCCUGGCGGCUACCCUGGCUCCUACUCCAACUCCCCCGCGGGGUCCCAGCAGCAGUUCGGCUACUCCCCAGGGCAGCAGCAGACCCGCCCCCAGCUUCUGGCUGACAAAGUUGACAACGGCCUUAGAAGGCAUACGAAGAAGAUGGCAGAUCCUCCAACCUGGAUUCCUGAAGGACUGUAUGAAGCAGUCACGACCUGAUCUAAUGAUAAAGUUAAAAAUUCUUAACUGUGCAACAAGCACAUAUGAUGGAGGAGAUCCACAUUGGUCACACACACCCCCAACGUUUGGUUCCCGUGUACUAGGUGUAAACUCCAUCCAGUUUUCCUCGAAUUCAAAUAAGAUAUCCAAAAUCAAAUGAGAUGUAAUGAUAAGCUGAAAUAUACUGUAUUUCUGAAACAAAAAAAAAACCCUAGCAAUAAUUUCUGGAACAUUUCAGUUAUUCUUUGUGUAAUAGCUUAUUACUUAGAAAAUACUUCAAAGUGGCAACACUUGGAUGAGUGCACUAUGGUAAAGGCUUACCUUUAUGCUUGUAACAAAAAAAUAUGAAUGGAAAAUCAUUUGCUGUAUGAAAAAUUGGGAACAAUACAUUAAAUCUGCUGAACACAAACUUCAGUAUGUUACUAAAAUUUACUGGAACAAUACCUGUAUUUUAAAGUCAUUCCAUUAAAUUAAGCCUACCUCUCUGAUUUUAAGGAAAUAAGAAUCAUUCAAAUCUGAAGAGAAGUUUAAAGGAGUACAUAAACCUCUAAAGUUGUGCUUGUAAAACAAAAUACUACACCAAGUUUUUAUCUUAUUAUAAAUUUGGUUAAGCAGAAAAAUUCAGUAUUCAAUUCAGUAUUCAUUACUGAACAAUACAAAGUUAUAGAAUUUUAUACUUCCUACUUCUGUAAGCUCAAAAUUCCUAUGUCAGUUCAGAGAGGCAAUGGAGACCACGGCUCAGAGAGUGAACACACCACAACCCUGACACUCCACUGAAACCCAACAUUUCAUUUUAAAAGGAAAAGUUAAUGGGAAAAUGGAUUUUGGUAUGUAAAACUUGGCUUUACAGCCCAUUUUCUAUUCCAGUGUGAAUAAAUUACCUGCAUUAAAAAAUCUAUGAGAUGGAAAAUAGUAUUUUAGUUUUUCUCUAUCUCCACUAAAACCCAACAUGAAAACCAGAAAAGGAUUUAUGUAAGGGUGACAGACACAUACUUGUAGUAAGAAAGGAGGAUCGAACCACAGUUAAAUCUCAAUUAACCAGCUAAGCAAACAAUUCCUAAGUAAGCAGAAUAUUCCCCCAAAAAACAGUCACUGAAGUUUAGUCCUUCAAAAAACAUACAAGUUUUGGAUUAAAAACAUAUUUGGACCCAUUUAUUUUUUCUUUCAAUUUUUAUCAAGAGCCACUAUUACAUAUGAUGGAAAGAAUAAAAAGUUAGGAGUUGGAAACCU